ACAUUAUAUACUAUAUACAGUAUACAAUACAUUCAUAGAUUCAUACAUGGGUACAUAGGGUGCCAAAUUGCCAAUUGUAUACAUUAAAAACGAGAUUAAUUUGGCAUUUUUCACAUUUACCUAAUUUUAUCCGCUGUUAAAGAUGACAGAAAGUAUUGAAUAAUAAAAAGCUUCUAUUUAUUUAAAUGCAAACAAUGAGUGAUUCAUUAGAUUUUUUGACGAAGUAUCACAACAUAUCUAAUAAAUUAAAGAAGAGGUUCUUAAGAAAACCAAACGUUGCUGAAGCAAGUGAUCACUUCGGGGCACUGGCAAUUGAAUGUGAACAGAAAGAGUUAUGGCAAUAUGCUGGUUUAUGCUCGCUGGCUGCAGCCAGAUGCCAAGGGACAUUGGAGAACAUAUUUUCUGAAUUGAAUUUCUUAGUAAGAGCUGGUAGAGAAUUCCUUGUUGCUGAUAAGAAAGAUAAGAAUAUAGGAUGCCCUUCUAUAGGACAGGAAAAUACACAGGCUGCGAUCAGCUGUUUUGGCCAUGCCUUAGCUCGUUGUCAUAAUCAAUCAGGUUUUAAUACCAUGUCAGCUGGUUUAGCAUUAGAAUUAGCAUUAGCUUUGGGUCCUACUCCAGCUGGCACACAGCAGUUACGUAAAGCUAUUGAUAUUUUUCCUACUACAAAAGCUAUUAAUACACUGAUCUCUUACCACAUUAAGCAAGGUGACUAUGUAUCUGCUUUGCAAAUUUUGAACGAUUUCGUCGAAUUUAUUGAGAGUUAUAUCAAUGCUGGUGCAAGAGGCAAUCACAGCAUCAUAUUACACAGAUGCGAGGUGACUAGAGUACUUUUAUUACUUAUACUUCAACCUUCCCCACAAAGGCUAGCACCUUGCUUGGCCCAGGUCUUGGAGAAGUAUGCUUGGGUAGAAGAAACUACAGACAAUGAUUUCAAUAUGAACGAAGAUGAGUUAUUACUGUUACAAUCAUUAGUAUCAGCAUGUCAGUCGCAUGAUUAUCAAGCAUUGCUGGAAUUGGAAGGAGAAUUAUGGCCAUAUUUGACUGCCGAACAAAAGGAGUUAUUUCAUAAGUUGAUCCAAGUGCUAACUACACAAUGAAUAAGAGAUGUCAAGUUCCGAAUAAAUGAAAAUAAUACAA